AUUAAAUUUUAACCUAUUCCAUCUCUGGCGUCACGGCGCUGCCGUCAGUGAUGAACGUCAUGAACGUAUCGUUUACCAUUUGCACUCGGUUACCCUCUUCAAUCAUCCGAAUGUUUUGUUCAUAAUCUCGAAUAUCAGAUCAUCUCAUAAUUAUUGCAACACUCGUAAGUGCCUGACAAUGGAUAAUAAAUAACAUACAUAAAUAAUUUGAAAUACAUCCUUUGGGAAUGUGUAUAUGAUGACAAACAAUAAUGACUACGAUAAAGGUUCACGGUGGAAUUGACAUUCUGCGGCUGCCUGUUAACGAAGAGGAACACAUUUUUCCACCCUGGCAGAUUAAAUACACUCAGUCCCAUAUUUUACACUCAAAGUGUUCGAAAAAUGAAGAGUCCUGUGGCCAAGAUCCAGAGCCUUGUCAAUUCUGUGUGUACAAUAGAGCCUUGGAAAUGCCUCAUAUGCCAGACAUGGUAUUUCCAAACAAUAUUCUCUACCUAAAACAUCAAAAUGGGGCUAAAAUUCAAUUCAACGCCCUGGAUGCAUUGAAACGUGUGUCGAAUGGAAAAAUAAAUAUCCAGUUGGCUUGUGCAGAGUCCUGGAAAGAAUCAAGGGCCGAUUGCAAAGAAUACCUGGAGGAGAAAGUGAAGCCCUUCGACUGGACAUUCACUACUGACUAUACAGGUACAAUGGAAGACGUGACCAUCGAAGAAACCAAGGAGAGAAUUGACAUGGAGAAAUUGAAACGAAAGGAGAAAAUUCUGUUUUAUCACGAGCUCACACUCUUCGAAGACGAGCUACACGACAAUGGAAUAGGUUCUCUCUCGGUGAAAAUACGUGUCAUGCCGGGCAGUCUCUUCAUCCUGCUGCGUUAUUUUCUCAGGAUAGAUAACGUAAUGCUUAGGAUAAAUGACACCAGACUCUACCACGAAUUCGACAAGAGCUAUGUACUGAGGGAAUAUACGUCUAGGGAAGCACAAGUGAAAGAUCUUCAUGAAUCACCAACUCUUUUCAUCGAGCCCAGUCAUAUCGCCCCUUACUUACCUCUCAUUCAGAGCCAUUAUCACAAGCUCAUACUUCCAAGAAAAACCAACCCCGUGGUUAAUGAAAAAAAAGAAACGAUAAAUUCAACGUCUGACAAUUCGGAGGCCACUUCAUCCAAAAUCUCUGAUGACAAAGCAGUCAAUGAUUCAACAACGUAGAGUUAUUUUUUCAAUAUAAUGAUUACUGUAAUAAUGAAUACAGCAUGAAUGAAAGGUGAGCCUAGCUGUAGGCACAACCGAAACAUAUGAAAUAAACGCAGAUGAAUUCCGAAUCAGCAAGGAAGAGCA